UGGAGGCACCCUGGUUGGAAAACACUGGUAUAGUCAAAGCCUCAGUGUUUAUUUGGUGACAAGUUCAUUGAUACAUCUUCUGUACUAUACUAUAUUCUAUACUACUAUACUAUAUUCUACAACUACGAAUUAAUUAAUAGAUUUGUUUAAAAUAUAGCAUGCGGUUUUAUAGAAGAAUUGGCUUUCGAAAACAACAAUAUAAAAAAUAAAAAUAAAAACACGUUAAAAUGUAAUUAUAAAAAGGGCCACUAGAGGUGCUGAUGAGCAGGUUUUAGAUUUUUUAUUUCAAGUGAAUGGAAACAGAAACUCCUGUUAAUGUUAUCUCGUGUAGGAGGAUCCAGAGCAGCAGAUAUAUAAGGAGGCAGAUACUUUUUGGGAAAGUAGACCCAAAACACAGUAUUCCAAGAUGAUGUCCCUGUGUUUUCUCCCCAUCAUGGUGAUGCUGAAGGUUGUCCGGAAUAACAUGACCUUCCUGCUGGAAUGUAUGAAGAUGCUUUCAUCCUGGUGCUGGCUGGAGGUUUUUGGGGCAAAGAAAGUUUCUUCUCCGAAAAUCAAUGCGCCCCAGAAGGACCCCGGCCGGGUUAAGCCCAUCAGUGUGAAUUACCACUUCACCAGGCAAUGCAACUAUAAAUGCGGCUUCUGCUUCCACACUGCAAAGACUUCUUUUGUGCUACCCGUAGGAGAAGCCAAGAAAGGACUGGCUAUGCUAAAAGAUGCAGGUAUGCAGAAAAUAAACUUUUCGGGAGGUGAACCAUUUAUGCAGGACAGAGGAAACUUUGUAGGAAAACUGGUCGUGUACUGCAAAAAAGACCUAAAGUUGCCCAGUGUCAGCAUUGUGAGCAAUGGCAGCCUGAUCACCGAGAAAUGGUUCAAAAGCUAUGGAGAACAUCUGGAUAUCCUAGCCGUGUCUUGUGACAGUUUUAAUGAAGAUGUCAACAAGCUCAUUGGUCGAGGACAAGGCCAGAAAAACCACGUGGAAAAACUGAUGAAGAUCAGACAGUGGUGCUGCGACUACAACGUGGCCUUCAAGAUAAAUUCCGUCAUCAAUAGUUACAACGUGGACGAAGACAUGAGAGAAGAAAUCACCAUGAUCAGCCCCAUACGCUGGAAGGUGUUCCAGUGUCUUAUCAUUGAUGGGGAGAAUUCCGGGGAAGAAGCAUUGAGACAGGCUGAAACGUUUGUCAUAACCGAUGAUGAGUUCAAGGGUUUUCUGGAUCGACAUAAGGACAUCAAAUGUUUGGUUCCAGAAUCCAACCAACAGAUGCGGGAUUCAUAUCUUAUUUUGGAUGAAUAUGGUAACGGACCACAAGUCGAGGCUCAAGGAUCUAGGAGACCUGUCCUCCAGCCUUAUAGGAAAGGAGACAUUCUCCCACGAGCCAUGACAUCUCCAAUUCCUUUACUGAAGUGAAUCUACCGAUGAAGCAUGAUGGCCAAGAAGAUCAAUGGCAGUGAACCUCAGGGAUUCUGCCCCUCAAAGUGAAGUUUGUAUCUGAUGGAUACAAUGAGAAGAUGUUACUAUACAAGACAAUAAUUUAGCAUUAAUGUACUUUAUGAUUUUUGUUUACAUAGUAAAGCAGUAUUCAUCUCAGACCCCCAACCCCCCCCCCCCCCCCCCAUUACUGCCCUAUUGCCAUGGAGGGUCUAUAAAAUGCCUGAAGUAAUUUAUUUCUGGGAUCAACUUCUUCUUGUAGCAACCAGCAGUAAUUUUGUAGAACGCACUUAGGAAUGCGCUUAAAGGGGUACUCCACCCCUAGACAUCUUAUCGCUUAUCCAAAGGACAGGGUAUAAGAUGUCUGAUCGCGGGGGUCCGGCCACUGGCACCCCUGUGAUCUCUGGCCCGGCACCCCAGUAAUCUGCAUGCAUGGAGCGAACUCUACUCCAUACUGGAUUACGGGGACCACAGCCAUCAUACCCUCUCCAUAUAUCUCCCAUAGACAUUAAUGGGGGGAGCAUGACGACCACAGCCGGCUUUGGAAAGAGGAUAA